GACAAAAGAAGUCAUUACCCUUGGGCGGAAUCACAGCGAUCCCUCCCCUUGUUGAAGUUCAACUCUCAAACCUGCAAAUCCUAGUUACUCACACUGUCUACAAUACACACAACAAUUAACAAAUUACAAAUCCCAUAAACUCAACAAUGAUCCCCAAGCGCCUCCUCAACAAUUCCUCUUCAAUCGCCCACACACAACCCCACUCACUAUCCGACGCCGUUUCGCUCUUUCACCGCACCAUCGACAACGACCCCACUUCCCCACCCUCCGAACCCGCCUGCAGCACCCUCAUCGACAACCUCCGCAAGGCGCGCCAAUACGACGCCGUUGUGUCGGUAUACCACAAGAUGGUGUCCGCGCUCGUCUUGCCCAGGUUCACCUCUCUCAGCGCCUUAACCGAAAGCUUCGUCAACACCCACCACCCAAGUUUCGCUUUUUCGGUCCUCAGCCUCAUGACAAAGCGCGGUUUCGGUGUCAACGUCUAUAACUUAAACCUCGUGCUGAAGGGUUUUUGCCGAAGUGGUCAAUGCGACAAGGCAAUGUCUCUGUUUUCUCAAAUGAAGAGGAAUUACGAUUGUGUGGUUCCUGAUUGUGUUACUUACAAUACCCUUGUAAAUGGGUUUUGUAAAGCUAAGAGAUUGGUGGAAGCUAGGGUUUUGUUUGAGGCAAUGAAGAAAGGUGGGGAUUGCAGACCUAACUUGGUUACAUAUAGUGUUUUAAUUGAUUGUUAUUGUAAGAGUGGUGAAGUUGGUGAGGGGUUGGGUUUGUUGGAGGAGAUGGAGAGGGAGGGUUUGAAAGCUGAUGUGUUUGUGUAUAGUUCUCUCAUUAGUGCAUUUUGUGGGGAGGGUGAUAUUGAGACGGGGAGGGAACUGUUCGAUGAGAUGUUGAGGAGGAAGGUUAGUCCCAAUGUGGUUACUUAUAGCUGUUUGAUGCAGGGUCUUGGCAGGACCGGGCGGUGGCGCGAGGCGUCUGAGAUGUUGAAGGACAUGACUGCUCGUGGGGUUCGGCCGGAUGUCGUUGCAUACACGGUCUUGGCGGAUGGGCUUUGCAAGAACGGGAGGGCAGGGGAUGCCAUUAAGGUGUUGGAUUUGAUGGUGCAGAAGGGGGAGGAGCCGGGUACUUUGACGUACAAUGUUGUUGUGAAUGGGCUUUGCAAGGAGGAUCGGAUGGAUGAUGCGUUUGGGGUUGUGGAGAUGAUGGUGAAGAAGGGGAAGAAACCUGAUGCGGUUACAUAUAAUACAUUGUUGAAAGGGCUGUGUGGAGCUGGCAAAAUUCAUGAGGCGAUGGACCUUUGGAAACUGUUGUUGAGUGAGAAGUUCCAUGUGAAGCCGGAUGUCUUCACGUGUAAUAAUUUGAUUCAGGGACUUUGCAAGGAAGGCCGUGUUCAUGAUGCUGCAAGGAUCCAUUCUUCUAUGGUUGAAAUGGGGCUCCAAGGUAACAUAGUAACUUACAAUUUUUUGAUUGAGGGUUAUCUAGCUGCUCGGAAACUUAUUGAGGCGUUAAAACUCUGGAAAUAUGCGGUGGAGUCUGGAUUUUCUCCCAAUUCAAUGACUUAUAGUGUUAUGAUUAAUGGUCUGUGUAAAAUGCAGAUGCUGAGUGUUGCAAGAGGACUUUUUUGUAAAAUGAAAGAUUCUGGGAUUAGACCUACAGUGAUCGAUUACAAUGCACUAAUGACAUCCUUGUGCAGGGAAGACAGUUUGGAGCAGGCUAGGAGUCUAUUUCAAGAAAUGAGGAAUGUGAAUCACAAUGUUGAUGUUGUCUCCUUUAAUAUAAUAAUCGAUGGAACCCUCAAAGCAGGGGAUGUUAAAUCUGCCAAGGAAUUGCUAUCCGAGAUGUUUAUGAUGGAUUUGGUCCCUGAUGCUGUAACCUUUUCUAUAUUAAUAAACAGGUUCUCCAAACUUGGAAUGCUGGAUGAGGCCAUGGGGCUCUAUGAGAAAAUGGUUUCGUGUGGUCAUGUACCAGGUGUUGUUGUAUUUGAUUCUUUGCUAAAGGGCUAUGGUUUAAAAGGAGAGACAGAAAAAAUCAUUUCCUUGCUUCAUCAAAUGGCUGAUAAGGAUGUUGUUCUGGACUCAAAAUUAACUUCUACCAUCUUAGCUUGCCUUUGUCACAUGUCAAGAAAUCUUGAUGUGGAGAAGAUUCUUCCAAAAUUUUCACAACAAAGUGAACAUACAUCAAAAGGAACAACCAUUAAAUGCCAUGAGCUCUUGAUGAGGCUGAAUAACUUUCAUCCAGAACUAAAAUUAAUUGUUGCACAAUAGUGUUUGUUUUCAAGAGCAUGAUGUCAUGGUACUCAAAAGUGCGGUAUGCUUAUGGUAGGAGACACUUGUUCAGUCGUGGAUUUUGAUCAGAGAGAUUGGCAACCCAACAAUCAUGGAGUUUGGAGGUCAUUUCAACCAGUUGCCAUUUUAUGGCAAAGAGAUGCAAGUGCAAAAUUCAGUGUCAUGGCAAUAAUGUCCCAUUUGAUACUGUGACUAGUCCAUGAAUGAGGUUGGCAAAAAGUCUUCUUACAGAGUUGGAGAUGGUGAUGGCGGCAGCAUUGUAGUUGUGACAUCUCGGAGCUGAGUGUUGUGAUACUAGAUUAUGUUAUUAUAUAUGAUUAUCUUUAAGCAUUUUUACCUAUUUAGAGACAAAGUAAAGACAAAUGUAUAGUAGAAAAGACCAACUAUAAAAACACGAUUAGUCACAACUAAAAUGUGCCAAUAGCAUAUUGUGGAAAAUUGCCGAAAGCUGAAGUCGUAUAAUGAAUGAAAUAUAUAAUAUACAUAAACUUAUAUGGGCUUAAA